AUGGAUCAAAGACGUUUUCCCGCCUUGGUAGUAAUUUUCCUGGCAAUUACUAUUUCUGUAACGUAUUCAUUCCCAAGCGGAAAUUUUAGGAAAAGAGACGAUGCGUGUGCUAAUCUAAAACAAGCAUACCUGAAUGUUCAUAAUUCAACGGAAGAAUUUGAUGUCAAGUAUACCGACGUAAAAAAUUGCUAUGAAACUUUUCCUUAUAAUUAUACCAGGGCUUCAGAAAUAAUACAUAUAUUCAGAGGAUUGUAUGAAAAUUUCUAUGUAUUUUUGGAUCAAGCCAAGGAACAGCCUAAUCCCGGUUUUGACUUCAGAUCAGUCGACUUGUUGAAGGAAUUCGAUCUCUUGUUUAAGAAGGAUUAUCACACGGACUUUGAAUUUAUGAGCGCCGUGUUGGAUCUUUUAAACGAGCUGAAGGAUGCUCACGUUAGUUUUAACCCUCUUUGUUAUAACACAUUCGUAUUCAGACAAGGAAUUUAUUUAAGCUCAAUUAUAAAACCAGAUGGAACUCAGGCAAUCCAAGUUUUAAACAAUACGCUUAACCUCACGAUAAAUUCCUGUGAAGUCACUCACAUCAACGGCAGAUCCGCAUUUGAUGUGAUAUUUGAAUAUGCUAAAACCAAAAUUGCAAGUUCACGUGAUCUCGGAGUCAGAUUUAACAAUGCCUUAGCUUCUUUAUCGGCUACACGUUUUAAACCUGGCGAGUUUUUUUAUCGCUUCACACUUCCCGAAACAGAAAUCAUUUCUUAUGACAUUGUGUGUCCAGAGAAAAAGUUACAUCUUGACAACCCUUGGAAAAUUUCCAUUAUAAAUAAUUCUUUCUUUGAACAAUUCGAUGACGCGAAUAGUUACUUUAACAAUUUCUGUGCUAAUCCCGGAAAGAAAGUCUCAACUGGCAAUAGCAUAAAUCGCCAUGAAGAAUUCGAUGAUCAUCCAACCGUAAAGAGUUUAUUAAAUGUGGGAUCCAUAGCAAGUUUUUUUCAGGUGGAUGAUAUCGGAGUUGUGACCGUUUCUUCAUUUAGUGAUGACAAUCAUACAACAUCGAGAACCUUUCCGGAAAUUUACAAUGGUUUGAUUGAUGGAUUUAACCUAUUGGCCCAAGCUAAUGUUAAAAAGUUAGUCCUUGAUUUCACAAAUAAUCCGGGCGGAACUAUAGAAUUCUCAACGUUUCUCAACACUCUUCUACUUUAUAAAAAAGACAUUAACACAUUUCCUGGUGAUUACCGGGUGUCGGAAAUUGCAAAACUUGCAAUUGACAAAAGUACAUCCGAAAAUAUCGUAACAGACUUCGAUGCUCGAAUUAAAAGCAACAUUGCAGGGUAUUUUUUUAACACUUCGGAGGAAUUUCUUGGUAAUAAUAAUUAUGAACGUGGAGGUAGUAAGGUUAGGUUUACGAACAAAUUCUUCAACGGAAUCUCUAAUUAUACUCUGGCGAGUAUUAAUAAUAUUACAAAGCUUCCGUGGGAACCAUAUGAUAUGGUUAUCUUGACGAAUGGAAAUUGUGGGUCAUCGUGUGCUCUUACCACGGUAUUUUUGUCUGAAAUAGGUCAAGUUUCCACUGUAUCUGUUGGAGGCUUUUAUGGUAAACCACUUUCAUUUGCUUCAUUUGUCGGCGGACAAGUCAUACCAUCAGACACCCUCGUUACGGAAUUAAUAUCAUUGGGAUUAAACAGCACCACAGAUCCUAGUUUAUAUAACGUAAAACUAUUACAAUUGUAUGGUGCGCAAUUCCCGCUGAAAGAAGUAUAUAGUCUAGUUAAGCCCGAUGAAGUGUUGGAGUUUCAGUUCAGACCCGCUCAGCAUAGGUUGUAUUAUGAUGAAGAGAACUCUAAGAAUAUCACUAAAUUGUGGCAUCAGGCUGUCUCUUUUAUUAAUUAA